AUGGAAACGCUCGAUAUCGAGGACCUGCCCGAGGAGGUCCUGCAGCAGGUGUUCCUUGCCCUCGGCCACCCGAAAUGGCAUCGGGUGAGCAGCGACAGGGCCGUGCAGAGGCUGUGGUGGUGGAACCUCGGUCCGCGCCUGCAUUGGCCGCCGCGCCAUCGAUGCCGCUCGUCGCUCACCUGCUGUGGCCAGGGCCUCGACCCCGAGUUCACCCUGUUCGCCGAGCACCAGGUGGAGAUCGAGCAACCGGUGCCUACCGGUGCUUACCGGCCCGACGGGGAAUGGCGGCCGCCAAAGCCCCUACUGCUCCACGCAACCCCCGCGUGUGUUUAUCGCUGA